AUGGGUAGAGGGCUGACGAAGCUGGCCGAAAUCAGCCUGUUCAUCGGGGGGUUCCUCGUCCUAUGGUACGUAACGGGGGAAAAAAUAUUCAGGAGGAAAAAAAAAAUUGUAAAAGAAAACAUCCUCCUGAUUUUAAGACACCUUUGUUUGGAUAUUUAUAAAGUACUAAACGAGACGUCAAAGACAACGAAAAGUGUGUAUGACAUGAUAAAAAAUGAGCCCAACACAAGCAUAGAAUUGAACAAGCUGGAAGAGGUGCUACUGAACAAUGGGUAUAAGCAGAGAAUAGAAGAGGUGGAGAAAGAAGUGCUAAACAAAUUUGAUGUAACCGUGGAAGAUUUCUAUGAAGAAUUAAAAAACUACGAAAAAGAUGAAGACGUACAGAAAGUUCUAAAUUCCAUUAAAAAAAUGUACCACGAAUCGCUGCUAGGAAUACAGCCAAAGUUACCCUCCAUAAAUGAAAACAUCACUCAAGAUGUGAUACUAAAUUUAACCAGCCUGAUUUAUAAAAAAAAGAGAAAAAUUUAUAAAGAAAAAAUAGACUCCAUGAUAAAGAAAAAUCAGGACUUUAACUUAAACACGACUUUUUCAAAUUCUGAAUUUUUCAACAAACUGCAAAAGUCAACGGAACACGUGGAAGAACAAGUCAUUAAGGAGAAUCAAGACUUAGUCCCCAAUUUAUUUACCUUUAAAUAUCUGGUCAAUUACUACUCCGAUGAUAUAAACUUUGUGCAGAGAAAAAAAUACCUUGAAUCGAAACAUGGAGAAAAAAUGAUCAAAAUUUUAAAAGUGAAAAAAAUUAAAAAGAAAAAAAAAAUCUCCAAAGACAGUUUAAGUAACAACAGCGUUAAGAGCGCAGCUAGCCAGAACGAACUCACCGAUCAUACCAGUUCGGAGAAAAACUACUUAGUGACGCCACCAAUUAAGCAGGAUGAUAUAGACAAUAAUAAUGUGAUGUACCACGCGGGUAGCGAUAUCAGCGCUGGAAAUAAGCAGGACGGAACGUCGCCCUAUGUAGAGGUGACUCCUCCAGACCACCAUGUGGAAGAACUCUACAUGGGACAAAACCUGGAUGACCAACAGGAUGACCAACAGGUUGAGCAGCAGGAUAAGUUCGAACCUACUGCUCCGUUAGAAGAGCACAUGGUCGAUUUUGUGCAAAGUACACAUAAUAUUGAGGAGGUGCAGGAUCACAAGGUAGAAGAGGUUGAAGAAGAAGUUGAAGAAGAAGACAAUCUUGACGUCGAAGAUGACGAGGAAGAAGAGGCAAAGGCACUAUUGGGAGUAAUAGCCCCCUCAGAUGGUGAAAUGAGCCAGGAGGAUUCUCCACUUUCGGUCCAAACGGAUGGCGGCCACGCAAAUGAGGAGGAGGAGGAGGAGGGAGACGGUUGGAUUCAGGGAGAUGUUGGUCACGAUGAAGGAGACCAUCUCCAUGAGUAUCACACAAAAAUUGAAGACUAUCCAGAAGAGGAUAAUGCGGAAGAGGGCAAUGUGGAAGAGGAUAAUGCAGAACAGGAUAAUGCGGAAGAGGGCAAUGUGGAAGAGGGCAAUGCAGAAGAGGACAAUGUAGACGAUGAGGUGGGUCUCCCAGAUGAGGGAUCCCAUACAGAGGAGCCAGCUCAAAUUAUGCAAAUCGAUCAGGAGGUCAACCCGUAUUUGAAUGUCCAGCCCGAGGGGGAGGACGACUGGGCUUCGGCGAUGAGCCAGGGGGUAGAUCCCUCUGUGCAGUUGGAGGAAAAGGAAGGAAGCCACGUGCAGGAAAUGCAGCAAGAAAGCCUCCUGGAUAAAACGGAGGAAGAUAAUCUGGAGGCAGAGAAAAGUGCAACUGAAGAGGGAGGCGUCAUCAACGAAGAACUCCCUCAGGAGGAGAAUGAGCUGACGAAUGGAGAGGCCGAUGGAGGAAAAGCGGAAGACGAACCCCUCCCACAGGAGGAGGACGAGGCCGUCGCAGUCGAAAUGGUAGAACCGGUGGAGGAGGAGCUACCAACGGAGGAACUACCAUCUGAGGAAGUACCCCAAGUGGAGCCUCCAACCGAGGAACCCGCAACAGAGGAAAUUCCAACCGAAGAACCUACCAAGGAGGAAAUUCCAACUGAGGACUCCCCAAAAGAGGAACUAGGGGAGGAACCCGCAAAGGAAGAAAUUCCAACUGAAGAACCCGUAAAGGAGGAGGUACCAACGGAGGAACAACCCCAAGUGGAAUCACCAUCUGAGGAACCCACAAAAGAUAACCUACCAACGGAGGAACAACCCCAAGUGGAGCCACCAACUGAAGAAGCCGCAAAAGAGGACCCCCCAAAAGAGGACCCCUCAAAAGAGGAACCCCCAAAAGAGGAACCCCCAAAAGAGGAACCCCCAAAAGAGGAACGAACGGAGAAGAGGGGAUUCGGAUUAGGGAAACCCUGGAAGAGAAAAAAGAACAAGGACAAGGACAAGGAGGCGAAGGAAAAAUAA